UUGCGUGCCUCGAGAGUCCUCGUUACAACAUGUUUUACUACAUAGCUAUUGGAGUUCUCAUUGUAAUAAGUCAAGCGAGACCGGCCAGAAAACGACAAUUAGGGAAAGACUGUUCAAAAACAGAAUACGGAUGCUGUCCAGAUUCCACUACACCCAAAAUUGGACCAAAUUUAGAUGGGUGCCCUCAACAGAUUUUCGAUAUGGAAUGUUCUGAAACAGAGUUUGGAUGUUGCCCAGAUAAUACAACUGUUGCUGAAAGUUCCGACAAAAGUAAUUGUCCUCCUCCUUUAUCCAGUGGAUGUUCUGAAACAGAGUUUGGAUGUUGCCCAGAUAAUACAACUGUUGCUGAAAGUUCAGACAAAAGUGAAUGUCCUCCUCCUUUAGCCAGUGGAUGUUCUGAAACAGAGUUUGGAUGUUGCCCAGAUAAUACAACUGUUGCUGAAAGUUCCGACAAAAGUAAUUGUCCUCCUCCGGCAGCCAGUGGAUGUUCUGAAACAGAGUUUGGAUGUUGCCCAGAUAAUACAACUGUUGCUGAAAGUUCAGACAAAAGUGAUUGUCCUCCUCCUUUAGCCAGUGGAUGUUCUGAAACAGAGUUUGGAUGUUGCCCAGAUAAUACAACUGUUGCUGAAAGUUCAGACAAAAGUGAUUGUCCUCCUCCUUUAGUCAGCGAAUGUUCUGAAACAGAGUUUGGAUGUUGCCCAGAUAAUACAACUGUUGCUGAAAGUUCCGACAAAAGUAAUUGUCCUCCUCCUUUAGCCAGUGGAUGUUCUGAAACAGAGUUUGGAUGUUGCCCAGAUAAUACAACUGUUGCUGAAAGUUCCGACAAAAGUAAUUGUCCUCCUUAUUUAGCCAGUGAAUGUUCUGAAACAGAGUUUGGAUGUUGCCCAGAUAAUACAACUGUUGCUGAAAGUUCCGACAAAAGUAAUUGUUCUCCUCCUUUAUCCAGUGGAUGUUCUGAAACAGAGUUUGGAUGUUGCCCAGAUAAUACAACUGUUGCUGAAAGUUCCGACAAAAGUAAUUGUCCUCCUCCUUUAUCCAGUGGAUGUUCUGAAACAGAGUUUGGAUGUUGCCCAGAUAAUACAACUGUUGCUGAAAGUUCCGACAAAAGUAAUUGUCCUCCUCCUUUAUCCAGUGGAUGUUCUGAAACAGAGUUUGGAUGUUGCCCAGAUAAUACGACGAAUGCAAAUGGACCAGAUCAUCAAGGUUGUCCUACCGAGGCAGUGGAUGAUUGCAAGUCUUCUAAAUGGGGUUGUUGUCCAGAUGGAAAAACAGCUGCUAAGGGCCGAAAUAAUAAAGGAUGCUCUAAGAGAAAAUCACAAUUAGGGAAAGACUGUUCAGAAACAAAAUACGGAUGCUGUCCAGAUUCCAUUACACCCAAAAUUGGACCAAAUUUAGAUGGGUGCCCUCAACAGAUUUUCGAAAUGGAAUGUUCUGUAACAGAGUUUGGAUGUUGCCCAGAUAAUACGACGAGUGCAAAUGGACCAGAUCAUCAAAGUUGUCCUACCGAGGCAGUGGAUGAUUGCAAGUCUUCCACAUACGGUUGUUGUCCAGAUGGAAAAACAGCCGCCAAGGGCUCGAAUAAUAAAGGAUGCUCCAAGAGAAAAUCACGUAAGUUCUUCUAA